AUGGCGAAACCGCAUUAUAAUGGUGUGUUGUUCGAUGAUGAUGGCUCGUUACCGUCAGAAUCAGUUACAAGAAAAUCGCAGAGAAGAAAGGCAACAUCACCAAGAGAAUCAAGAGAGUCUUCAAAAGAUCGUCUACUGAUACUUCCUUCUAUGGGGGAAUCGUAUACUGAGUACGUGGACUCUUAUUUGAACUUGGAAUUAUUGGAAAGGGGAGAAAGGGAAACGCCAAUCUUCCUUGAAUCUCUGACAAGACAACUAACUCAAAAAAUAUACGAACUAAUAAAAACAAAAUCUCUAACUGCAGAUACCUUGCAACAAAUCAGUGAUAAAUAUGAUGGCGUAGUGGCAGAAAAUAAGCUGUUGUUUUUGCAAAGGCAAUAUUAUGUUGAUAAUGAAGGAAACGUUAGAGAUGGACGAAAUAAUGAUAAAAUAUACUGUGAGCCAAAACAUGUAUACGAUAUGGUAAUGGCAACACAUUUGAUGAAUAAACAUCUUAGAGGUAAAACAUUACACUCCUUUCUAUUUUCUCAUUUUGCCAAUACUAGUCAUGCGAUCAUCGAUUGGGUCCAGCAAUUUUGUUCGAAAUGUAAUAAAAAGGGUAAAAUUAAGCCAUUGAAGGAAUAUAAACGUCCCGAUAUGUACGAUAAAUUACUGCCAAUGGAAAGGAUUCAUAUUGAGGUAUUCGAACCGUUUAAUGGAGAAGGCAUUGAGGGGAAAUAUUCUUAUGUAUUAUUAUGCAGAGACUACCGUUCAAGUUUUAUGUGGUUAUUACCGUUAAAGAGUACCAAAUUCAAACAUUUAAUUCCAGUGGUAUCCUCGCUUUUCUUAUCAUUUGCUAGGGUUCCAAUUUUCGUAACAUCAAGCACCUUAGAUAAAGAUGACCUUUAUGAUAUUUGUGAAGAAAUUGCGUCAAGAUAUGGUCUCCGUAUUGGCUUGGGCUUGAAAAGUUCUGCGAGGUUCCAUACGGGGGGUAUACUGUGUAUUCAGUAUGCUCUAAAUAGUUAUAAGGAGGAAUGUCUGGCAGAUUGGGGUAAAUGCUUAAGAUAUGGCCCUUAUAGGUUUAACCGAAGAAGAAAUAAGAGAACGAAACGUAAACCUGCGCAAGUUUUACUUAGUGAGGUUCCUGGACACAAUGCCAAGUUUGAGACUAAGAGGGAAAGGGUUAUAGAAAACACAUAUUCCCGUAAUAUGUUCAAGAUGGCAGGUGGAAAGGGUCUUAUAUACUUGGAAGAUGUUAAUACUUUUUCACUCGCCAACGAAGCAGAGAAUAGUUCCAAUAAUAUGGGAAACGAUAACUUUGAAGAAGAAGUACAAAAACAAUUUGAUCUAACUGAACAAAACUACAUUGAUGAAUAUGACGACCUGGCGCAUGAUUCUUCAGAGGGUGAAUUUGAACCUAAUACCUUAGUCCCCGAAGAUAAGCCCGUUCAUAAUGUUGACGAAGACCGAAUAGACUCCUCAGAUGUGGCAACAGUGCUCGAUGGAAAUACGGAGCAGAGAACAGAAGAGCUUGAAAAGGGGGAUCGAAAAGAAUCCGACGUUGCUCCGCAAGUAGAUCAAAGUGUGGAAAUAACAAGGCCGGAGACGUCCUACUACCAAACUAUGGAAUCACCGUCAACAAAAAGACAGAAAUUAGAUCAACGGGGUCAUGCAGAUCAAACAAGAGAUUUUGGUACAUCAAUGGAAUUGUAA